AUGGGUGGAUGUUUAUCGGGUGGUGGUGGUGGUGGUUUAUCUGAUACUACUAGAAUAGAUGAUGGGCGUAAGAUGUCGGGUAGUAUAUUAGCAAGUGAACAUCAUAUACAAAGUUUACAGCAUGAUCUGGAGGAAUUUAAAAAUAAGCUCACUGAUGCUGACAAUAGGAUCAAUGAAUUAGAAACAAUGAUACAGGAUAAGACUAAGGAAUUGGAUAUAAUAAGAGGAUAUGAUCUUAGGGAACGUUUAGAAUGGCAGAUUACAGCAACUAACGCUGUGAAUGAUAGACAUUAUUAUGAAGAACAAUUAUAUCGUAUACAAUGUGAUAUUGAUGAUAGGAAGAGAGAUAAUGAUGAUGAUGAGGAGGAAGAGGAAAUAAUAAAGCUUAAAGAUGAGUUAAUGAAGAAUAAUGCUAAGUGGAGGGAAAUGUUAAAAAGAGAGAGGGAAAUACGCAAUGCGUAG